AUUCCCGCUUUCGCUCGUCAUCUCUCGCAAACCGAUUUUGCGUUAUCAGCUCCUCUUCCGUUUUCUCUUACAUCUCAAGCAUGUAGAACAGUCGCUCGCAUCGAUGUGGAUAGAACAGAAGACAAGUCCCUGGCGGCCUCGCAUGCUCGCUUUCGUUCAGCAAAUACUAGCUUUUACGACAUUCGAGGUUCUUGAACCUAACUUACGGGGGCUGGAGGCGAAAUUGGUUAAGGUAACCACCGUAGACCAGCUUCUGAGGGAUCAUGUGGACUUUCUGGACACGUACCUGAAAGAAUGCAUAUUAACGAUGACGUGCUCUACAUUCGCACCGUACACCUCCUUCACCAAGUCCGCCAAUAAAGCACUGGCAGCAGCGGAGAGCGGCGACGACCACCAGGCGAUGAACAAACGCUGGGAAUUUCUGAAGAAGUUUGAGUUGAACUUUAAUCACUGUACUACGCGUCGAGUGAAUGUGUCGCUGCUUCCUCUUAUGGUGCGGUUGAGUGGCAUCAAGGCGAUAUCAUAGCAUGAGCUGCAUCGAUGUGAAGUGGGGG